AUGCCUUGUCUGUAGUGUCUUCAUGAGUAAAAUGUUUCUGCGGCUCAGUUAUUCAUCAGGGUCGAGUCUUCAUUUAGGAUUCUGCAUGUCAGACUUGAGAUUGACGCCAAGUAACAUUUCCACCGCCUCCCAGCGCUUGCAUGAAUGAUGGUAUUGUGGCAGAGUGUUGCGUAGGGAGAGCCGAUCGCCGAAGCACGUGCUGUAAAGAGGAGAUGGUGAGCAGAGACGGAGAGGACAGGGCAGCACAGACGAGGUGACUUUAGGACCGAGAAAGCUGUGGGAGGAAAAGAGGAAGGACUUGCUGAGAGAAGUUAAACUGCUAGGAGAGGCUGCAGUCCCCUGACCAUGGAGCGGAAUAUGCAGGUGUAGAAGAUGGAUGGAAGAAUGUUAAUAAGAGGAGACUAAAUUGGACUUUUUACUGAGGAUACUGUAAACGGUCCACUAACUACUAGCAGGAUGCAUCUGGUUGUGAAGCCUUCACAUAAAGCCAUGCUCACCGUGCUGCCUCACUUUGUGGAGAAAGCUGCUCUGACUCGGAGGGAGAUCUGUCGCAUCCUCAGUGAGAGCUUCUUCAUGGUCAAAGGAGCCGCCCUCUUCCUCCAACAAGGCGGCAGCGCACAAGGACCAAAGACGCCGACCCACCACAAACUUGCAGGUGAUUUACCUCAACACCUGCAGGUCAUGUUUAAGAUCCUUCGGUCUGAAGAUCGCAUUAAGCUGGCUGUACGGUUGGAGAGCGGAUGGUCGGACCGGGUGCGCUACAUGGUCGUCAUCUACACCAACGGCCAUCAAGACACAGAGGAAAAUAUCGUUGUGGGAAUGGACUUCACAGACAAGGACAGUAAAAAUUGCUCUAUUGGGAUGGUGCUGCCACUGUGGAGUGAUACCAACAUACAUUUAGAUGGAGAUGGAGGCUUCAGUGUGAACACGGCAGGGCGGUCACAUGUCUUCAAGCCUGUAUCUGUGCAGGCCAUGUGGUCUGCCCUGCAGGUCCUCCACAAGGCAUGCGAGGUGUCACGCCGGUUCAACUACUUCCAAGGGGGCAUUGCUCUCACUUGGAUGGCCUUCUAUGAGAGCUGCAUCACCUCAGAGCAAAGCUGUGUCAAUGAGUGGAAUGCUAUGAGUGACCUGGAGACCACCCGGCCCGACUCACCCACCAUGUUCGUCGACCGGCCAACUGAGCGAGAGAGAACAGAGUGUCUCAUUAAAGCCAAGCUACGCAGCAUCAUGACGUUUCAAGACCUGGAGAACAUCACCUCGAAGGAGAUCCGUAACGACCUGGAGCAGCAUAUGAGUUGUAACCUCAAAGAGUACAAAGAGUUCAUCGACAAUGAGAUGCUUUUGAUCCUGGGUCAGAUGGACAAGCCCACACUUAUCUUUGACCAUGUGUACUUGGGCUCUGAGUGGAACGCUUCUAACCUGGAAGAACUACGUGACUGCGGGGUGGGUUACAUCCUGAAUGUUACCAGAGAGAUUGACAACUUCUUCCCGGGGAUGUUUUCUUAUCACAACAUCCGGGUAUUCGAUGAGGAUGCCACCGACCUGCUGGCCCACUGGAACGACACCUACAACUUUAUUGUCAAAGCCAAGAAGAACAAUUCCAAGUGCCUGGUGCACUGUAAGAUGGGGGUGAGCCGGUCUGCCUCUACAGUUAUUGCCUAUGCAAUGAAGGAGCAUGGCUGGUCUCUGGAGAAAGCCUACAACUUUGUCAAGCAGAAACGGAGUAUCGCUCAGCCAAACGCUGGUUUCAUGAGACAGCUGGCAGAGUACGAGGGAAUCCUGGACGCAAGUAAACAGCGCCACAACAAGCUAUGGAGACCUGAAACAGAUGAGGAGGGAUCAGAUGAUUUGCAAGCAUCUGGCCACUGUGCUGGUGGGAAGGAGACACCAGUGCUCAGAGGGGAAGAAGCCUGGGGAGGCUGCAAGGCCUCUCCAUGCAGGGGUAUGGGUCUGGAGAUGGAGCCCCUUGACUCUCUUAACUAUAAUUAUUACUUCAGACGUUUGUCAGACUCUGCACUAGACAGUGAGCCCUCCACUCCAGUGCGGGGUCCCCCUCUGCUGGGUAUGGAAAGAGUUUUCAUUGAGAUUGAAGACGUGGAGAGGGAUGCCCUAUUGGAGGACGAGGGUUUCCCCAUGGCCCAUUUAGCCCUGCCUGGCGAGGGCACGGCAGCUCAGACGUGUGGCCGCCUCGACCCCCUGGAGGACAUGAGACUAAGGCUCGAGAUCAGUACUUUAGAGGAAGAGGAUGAGGAAGAGGCCAAGAAAGAGGAAGCUGAGAUGGCGGCCUUGGCUCAAACACCUGGAAAUUCGGAUGGGAAGAGGGCAGGGGAGGAGGCCGAGAGGACGGAGGAAAGCCGGUUAGGCCUCGCCAACCUGAACACCAACAACAGCAACCGCCUAGCCGCCAAGCGCAGCUGCCCUGCGGCUUUUGACGACAGUGCUAGCACAGGAAACCCUUUAAAAGUGAAGCCCUCCUAUCAGUCCUGUAAAGACUGCCUGCGUCUACCACAAGGGCGGCGCUGUGACCGUCCAGCAGGAGGCCGUUCUCACCGCCUUAACCCCUCCCGCCACUGCACUGUCCCCACCAUAUGCAUAGAUCCGCCUGGGACUCAUUUUGCCUCCACCCCAAUUCUGCAGUCUCUGCAAGCCCCUGCAGCUGUCCCACCUAACUUGGUCCAGUCCUGUAGUCAUCUGUACCGCUGUGCCACCUGCACCCCCGGUGUCCCACUAACCAACCGCCAGAAACUGGUCUCACCCAUGAGCUGUGAGGAGACGCCACCUGACCGCAGCUCGGUGGAGACAGAGGACAUGGAUGAACCACAGGGGGACAACGCGGGAGAAGAAAUAUCAAGGGAGAGUACAGGGGCCCUGGCACAGUUGCAAAUGCCAGGACUGGGGAUAGAAUUUGGUCUGGAACUGAUGCGACAGAGGGCGGAGCAGCUUGAGAAGCUGCCAAGCUUGGCCAUGGAGGGCCAGCUCCCAGUGGGGCCCCUCCCUUAAUACAGUGGCCCGGACAUGGAUGACAUGGAGGAGGAGGCUUACCUCCAGCAGGUACACUAUGAUGGCUGUUGGCCUUUUUAAAUGACUGAUGGUGUCGUACAAGAAACAAAGCUCUGCUUUGACCUGUACUGUCAUGUCCUGGCCUCAUAGCUGCACUGUCACAAGCUGCAACAGCCCUCUCCUUUCCAGGGAGUGUCCUGUCAUUGCCUACUGGCAUUAAGAUCCAGAUGAGGCUGGUUGUUUUGACCAUACGCUUAAGGCUUGAAUGCUUCUGGCCAGGUAAGGACUGAAGACUUUCCCGUAUCCUUCCACUUGUCCCUCAGACUGGAUUGAGCCCCUUCUGGCCUCUUCGGAGCCUGCUGGCCCCACACCACAUACAGGAUCAUCACACUUCCCCACAGCCCUGUGGAGAUGAGUGUUAUGCUGCCAUUUUACCCUCAAUAGACAGGUUUGGCAUAUUCCCAAGACAGCAGACAAUGGUGGUUGUUGUACCUUUCUGACUCCUGAGAAAGCUAUAGCUAGCACUUUGAUGUUGAUGGAAAGAAAAAUACCUGAAGUAACAUGCUUCUGUCAGUGUACUGUAUUUUUUUCAAUCCAGCUCAUCAACUGUAUUCAUGAAGGAAACUCAAUGAAUGUUUGCAGUUGAGCCAUUUUGAUUGCAUUGCAGCAUCUCCUCAUGUUACCACUGAUAGCUGAAUCCUCACUAACCUUCACUUAUAUUUUUCCCUGCUGCAGCUGCUUUUGCAUUACGAAAGGGCAUUCCACGUGGAAGCAUAAUUAUUUUUAAAAAGGAUGUGAGCCUUUUUAUGCCUCUUUGUAAAGCGUUGUACCUCGGACCACAAGCAUCUCGGAACUGUUUUGGUCAAAGACUCUUUUGUUGUCUCUGCUCAGUGGCUGGUUCACCCUGACCAUCUCUAUUAAAGUUAACAUAAUCAUGUACUUAGAGCACUCACUUUAUCACCAUGCAUGACUUAUGUGCAGUAUUACAAAACAUAUCGUCAACAUGCUUCGAAAGAAAACGUAUUUAAGUUGUCUUUUUUGAAAUACUGAAAGUUUUGGCAUUGAAAUGUGUCGUUAUUCAGUUUAAAUGACGACAAUCAUUCGCAAGAUGGAUGGUCAAUUGGUUUUAUGCCUAAAAGAAUGACAAAAAAAAAAGACUGAAGUUGUUGUUCAGACUUUACAUCCAUUCAUUCAGAUGUCAGGAAACAUUCAGAAGCUCAAAUGUAAUCUUAUUUUCCACUCUUGGUCUGAUCACUUCCUGAUGAACCAAAGCCAUAUCAUGUUGCCAGGUCCAGUUAAUCCCCAUCGUGAUUUAAAUGCUUCUCUUACUUUCUUACCCAGUCUGCAUCUGGGUAGUCAUUAAUCUAAGAGGCUCCCAUGGCAAACAUGACUUAAGCGGUUACAUUUUUGGUCACAUGUUGAAAAACCACAGGCUACCUUCCCUUGAACCCGCAGACAUUUGCAAAGGCACACUAAUCAUGUAUAAAUUUAGCACUUGAGCACAACUCUAGUAUCCAUUCACACGUUUCAGAUCUAUAGCUAUGUUUAAUCAAAAUAAUUUGAGAACACUAAAGCAGAAAUAGACAUGAGAAGUAGUUCCAUUCUUUGCUUGCAGUGUAGAGUCCAUCAUUGUGAGUGUAGUUUAUUUGAUUAUUAUAUUAUUAUAAUAUUGAGUUCCACAUUACCAAAUUAAAUAUUUCUAGUUACAGUGUGAACAUUGGAUAUAUAUUCUUAAUUUACAAUACUAGAUGUCCUUUAUUUUAAAUACAGAAAAAAUAACUUAUCAAGAAGACUGCAAAGCCCGGCACUCACAGGUUUUUCAACUCUUUUCCUCAUGUUAUUUAGUCCAUUUUGUACAUGUUCAGACAGCCUGAGGCAUGUUUUGUUCAAAUUAUGCCACCAAUCCAAAGUUGCUGUGCCACAGUGUGUUGCUCUACUAGUUAUUCUGUUAUUAAUGUUGUGUUCCUACUGUUUUUGGCACGCUGGGUGUGCUAGAAUGGUACUGAAUGAUGCCUGUUUGUAUGCAGGAAAAGCACAUGCAAGUGUUAUUACUGUUUAAAGAUCUGAGUGAAUCAGAAGAAAUGAAAACUGUGCAAAGAAUGAAUGCAAAUUAUUUAAUCAUCUUUAACCAUGAGGUUAUUGUAUUUUGUUUGUUUGUUUGUUUGUAGAUUUAGCUUUUCUUUAGUUAAGCAGAAACGUCAAUGCAUCCUUCUCCCCCAGGGAGCUGCAGGUUUGCACCGCUAAUUAGAUUUAAAUAAUUUGGCUUUGCCUUUAACCUGUUCUUUUCCUCAUGUGAGCAUGAUGUAACGUAAGGCACUUACAAAGUUGUUGACAGCAGCUGAUACCGCAAACAUUUGAAAUGGAGCCGUUUUUAAAGAAAAACGUUACAUAAAAUAUUGCAGCUGUAAGAAUUAAGUAAUGUUAUAAAGUGGCAACCUAAAGACAUGAGUGUGAUAUCUUUUUCAUCUAACUCCCAGCAAGAAAUCAAAGAAGUGUAUCUCCCAAAAUGUUAAACUCUUCCUUUUAAUAUAUUGUUAUUAUGAUUCUAAUUUAAACCAGUUGUUUUCAGUAUGUUGACAGGUGGGCCUGACAUAAAUCCUUCUGUUUGCAUUCCCAGACCACAGCACUAUGUUUGGUUAUUUGCUUCAUGUUUUGAAUUUGUGUUUGUAUUUAAGUGCCUUAACCUUGGCCUUAGCUCUAUCAUAAAGCAUCACAGGCGUUGCAAAUGUUUCUGUGAGUGUGUUGAUGGUCUGGCUUUUUGUACAUUACUUAUCCUCCCUCCCAAUAAUAACCAUGCUCCUUGCAGUGUAUAACUCGGCACAAAAUAAUAAUGUAUGCAAACACACAAGCUCAUGCACAGCAGCCUUUCGCGCCCCAAUACACUCAUAAUUGAUGGACUUCCAUUUAUUAAUAGCCUAUAAUAAUAUUGUAUUUGUUUGAUAUUGUUGACUUGUGGUACACUGUAUUGGUUCAAUAGCUGGCUGAAGAACCUUACUUGCUGGAAUGAGAACUAUCAUUUACAUUCAAACAUUAGAUAGGAUGGAUUUAAGUCUGACAUUUACCAGUCUGUAUAUAUUUUUCUCUACAAUUUGCUAUUGAGUACAUUAGCUUGCAAAUGUGGUCAAUAUUAAGAAAAGCACUGAUAAUGCUACUGUGUAUUGAGAAGUACUCAUAAUUAAGUUCUCGUGUUUGUACCACAGCAAAAAAAAAAAAGACUGGGCCAUCUCUAAUUUAGGCAAGUGUCUUCAGGCUCUAUUAAAAAUGGCAAUGAUUGAAAUUUUUUAUUGCAUUAUUCCCAGGCAGCAGGCAUCAAACUGACAAUCCUACUUACGAGCCAGACAUUGAGGACUUUGUGUGGAAGGAUAUUAAGACAUAUUGUAAUUUAAAAAUGGGGGUCCAGGCAUUUCUAGAGUGUAUUUAUAGAGCACAAGUCUGCCCCAAAGCAUGUGAGGUUGAGACGAGUGGAAAAUGUAGAACAUGUAAAACCUACCUGGGAGUAAGAUUUUGUUACGUUAAUUGUUUUUUUGUUAACUUUGUGUACUGUGGUGUACAUUGCCAAUGUUCAUGUGUAAUGCACUUUUUUUUACAUUUUGUUAAAAUGAUGUCCAGUCUAAUGUUUAUCAUGGAAAUAAACCAUUUCCUCUG